GGACUGCAGCCAUGCGUUCGAGGCCAUCGAGAUGGCCUGGCCUUACUUCCUGGAUUGCGACCGCUUCUUUGCCAGUGAAGAAGAAGGAUGCUUUGACCCUCUAGCCGGGCUGAGAGCCAAGCAGGAGGUAGCGCUGUCCAGUCUGUCUCCUGAGGAACCCAGCACCAUCAUCCAGUUCACCUACACCUCCAACGUCCAGAUGAACAGUUUACUGAAGAGGACUGCAGCCAAGUGCUCCCACAUCUCUCACGUGUACAGCAUCGGACGCAGCACCGAGGGCAGAGAUCUACUGGUGAUCGAGUUCACCAACAACCCCGGACAGCAUGAGCUACUCGAGCCAGAGAUCAAGUUGGUGGGCAACAUGCACGGGAACGAGGUGCUGGGCCGUCAGCUGCUCAUCUAUCUGGCCCAGUACCUGUGUUCCGAGUAUAAUCUGGGGAACGAGAGAAUUCAGACCAUCAUAAACACCACUCGCAUCCACAUCCUGGCUUCCAUGAACCCCGACGGCUACGAGCUGGCCGCCUCAGAGGUAGAGGAUAACAAUGACCCGGAGUUCUCCAACCAGGAAGGUCACUUGUUAAAUGGUUGGACAAAUGGUCGGACCAACGCCCAGAAUAUCGACCUGAACCGCAACUUUCCGGACCUUACGUCCAUUCUCUACCGGAGCAGACGCAGCAGGCACUUCCGUACUGACCACAUCCCCAUCCCAGAUGCUUACUGGUUUGGAAAGGUGGCGCCAGAGACCUAUGCAGUGAUGAAGUGGAUCAGGUCACUGCCAUUUGUUCAGUCUGCCAGCCUCCAUGGAGGAGAGCUGGUGAUCUCCUACCCCUUCGACUUCUCCAAACAUCCCAACGAGGAGAGGAUGUUUUCACCCACUCCCGAUGAACAGGCGUUCAAGCAGCUGGCUCGUACCUAUGCUGAUGCUCACGCCACCAUGUCGAACAAUGACACAGAGAGGUGCGGCGCCUCCUUCUAUCGGUCGAGGGGCAUCAUCAACGGAGCGGAGUGGUACAGCUUUGCUGGUGGUAUGUCCGACUUCAAUUACCUGCACACAAACUGUCUGGAGAUCACAGUGGAGCUCGGCUGUGACAAAUUCCCCUCAGAGGCCGAGCUUUACCCAGAAUGGAAGAGAAAUAAAGAAGCCCUGCUCAGUUUCCUUGAGUCUGUGCAUCGAGGAAUUAAGGGUGUUGUUAAGGACUCCGAUGGAAAUGGGAUAAAGGGAGCAACCGUCGCUGUGCGAGGGAUUAGAAAAGAUGUCACUACAGCUGAAAAUGGGGAUUACUGGAGGCUGUUGAAUCCUGGCACUCACAUUCUGACAGCUACAGCUAAGGGUUACUCAAGGGUCAGUAAACGAGUGUUUCUGCCCCACAACCUGAACAAAGCUGGACGGGUCGACUUUGUCCUGGAAAAGCUUCCCGUCGAGCCGGACAUUGACGACCACCUCUUCCCCAUGGUGGACACCUGGGAUCGCUUCGACCCCUACAACCAGUUUGAACGCUACAGGGAUGCAGACGUUGCUGAGGGCGGAGUGGAGCGGGAAGAGAAGCCAUGGUGGUGGAGCUACUUCUCCCAGUCCGGGAUCUCGCCUCCUAACUGGCUGCUGCGAAAUGUAUAAACACAAUUUAGACAGAAAAUUAAAACACACAAGGAGACUUUAGUGAUGAAUGGAUCCACAUCCAGGUCCACCUUUGCUUUUUGGAGGUGUUCGUGUAGCAGCAGCCGUGAGACUGAAACCUCAGAUCCCAAACAAAUUAUCAGCGCUUCCUGGAAAGAUGGGAACAGGAUCCUCAAACUUUCACUCAGAUUAUUUGCAGCUUCUUCCAACUUGUUUUAGGAACUACUGAAUCAGUGAGAUAUACAGUACGAGCAUCAUUUCUCAUUUUGGAAAACUGAUCAAACCAAUUAAACAAAUUGUAAUUUUAAAAACAUGGC